AUGUCUUACCGAGGGGUUCUGAGCCGAGUCCCCGAAGAGCAGCGGGACCUGGACCGCAUGAAGAGCGCCGCUGCAGAGUUCUACCGGGUCACCGGAGUCCCCCAGGUGAUAGAGAGAGCUCUGAACGAGCUCUUCUCGCACGAGCCCGAUGACGUCUACGGAUACCUGGCAAAUUAUUUUACAAACCUAUCUGCACCGCCAAGGAUCAGCAGGCUGAAAGGAAGGGAGGUUUAUGGCGCGAGAGGACAGCUGUGCAUCGAGGCAAAGGUCUUCUGCAUCGUCUGCAACGAGGAAAAGAGCAUGUCUUCAGCCGCCGUCUCCAGCCACUCUGGGCCGAAGGAGACGUCACCGGACUGGAAAGCAAAGAGUGGAGAGAGGGCGGAGCAUGUGACGACUGCUGCCCAGUGGAUCAAUGGCCCUCUGAACAACAUGCUGAAGGGCCAACCCCCCGGGGACCAAUCAGAUGUCGACCAUUUGCUCAGCGAUUUCUUCAUGGCCCGCCUCCUGGAGGAGAAAGACCUCCGGAACCAGGAGAAGGAGGAGAGUGAAUCGCCCAGCGAGCCGGAGGUGCCGCCGCCUUCCCCGCGGUCGGCACAGACUAAAAACAAGAAGAGCGUCGAUAAAGGUAAAAAGAGCAACGCCGCGGAGAAGUCUUUGCCUCCGGCAGAGCCACCGGAACCAGUUGUCCCCGGGAGCUCGGCCAUCGGCGCAGUGUCUCUGGCCGUGGCCAAAACCGCCGCACAAACACAGGGAAUCCCUCUCUACCAACACAUAGCAGCUCUGAAGAGCAGAACGGCUCCGGCUCGGCUCCACAUCCCUGUGUCUUUGGUCACGUUGCUGAGCUGUGGGAAGACUUCUCCCGGGAAACUGAAUUUGCUGGAGGAAAUCAUCCUGAUCCCCAAAGCUGGACAACGAGUCAAACAAAUGAUCACAAUGACCCUCGAGUUACAGAAGGAGAUGAUGAGAAUAAUGAGCGCUUCAACAAAAGUCGGGGCGACCCAGGCGGCGCCGUGCGGCAGCGGAGCGCCGGCGGUGGCCUACGAGCGACCCGAGCAGCCUCUGGACCUGAUCGCUGAAGCCUGCGCGAACUCUGGACUGGCACUGGGAACGGAGAUCCACUUAGCACUAAACUGCGCUGGCCCGGAGUUAAUGGACUGUUCUAAAGGGAAGUAUGAAGUUGCAACCGGAGUUUUGAAGUCUCCGGAUGAAUUAGUUGAUUUGUACCAAACCCUUAUCAGCAAAUAUCCAGCAGUGGUGGCCUUAAUCGACCCGUUUAGGAGAGAGGACGUCGACCAGUGGGAGAAGCUGAGCAACGGGAUUGGAGACUCGUGUUCUCUGCUCUCCGACCUCACCUUCAGGGCAAAGGCCCCACCCCUCCCGGGAGUCAGAGGUCACAUCUUGAAACACAUUCACGAGACAACGGUCAGUGAUUUGAUCCGCAUCACAUCAGAACACCAAGGUUCAGUGUUGAUGGGAACAACAUGCAGUGAGCCCUGCAGUGAGGACUCGUGGUCAGAUAUAGCUGUUGGUCUGGGCCUGGACUAUGUCAAACUGGGAGGUCUGAGCGGUGCUGAGAGGAUGACUAAGUACAACCGGAUGAUUUCUAUAGAAGAAGAACUGGCCCAACAGGGAAUACUGGCCUCCGAGGAGAAGCACCACCACCCCCCCCCACUGUUCUACGAUGAACCGCAGGAGCCGGAGAGUGCCGCCUGACACCGGCCCGGCUCACAGCGUCACGUUUGUACGGAGAGAAAAUCUGAUUUAAACGUUUAAAUCCGGCGCCGCAUUAGAUUCCACUCUCAUCGCCUCGUCCCUCCGUCGUCUCUUCCUCGCCCGUCGACAUGUUCACCGCCGAGUUGAUUAUGAGCCGAGUGCAUUAUUCUAGUGUUACCGUUCUGCUUUAUUUAAAAACGGUGGUAGAAAAAAAAAAAAUCAAUAUGAAGCUAAGUGAGGAAACAUAACCUUCAAUAAAAACAGUUUUCACAGCGUCUCGCUGCUUCUUCAGAUGAACACGAGCCGCACCUCGCGUCACAAUCCAUCAUCACAUGAUUAUCUAAACAUUGCAGCACUAAGGUCAUUAUGUCAUGUGACCACGAGCCAUUUAAAGCUUUUUAUGAUAAAUAAUAAUAAUAAUAAUAAUAAUGAGUUUAGUUAUAUAGCACCUUUUAAAAACAUAGUUUACAAAGUGCUCUAUACAAAGAAUCAAGGCUAAACCAAUAGAAUUGUAAGUCACACAUAUAAAAUUAAAAACAGACAAACUAAAUUAGGGGAACCAAAGAAAUGCAUAAAAGGACGACAUCACUUAAAGGCUGUUCUAUAAAAAUGGGUUUUCAGAAAUGAUUUAAAUAAAGUGACUGAUUCUGUGAGCCAUUAACAAUGUUUGUCUCACAUUGUAUUGCUAAGAAGACAAAAUAUCCAGUUAAAAAAAUGAGUCUUUUAAGUAAAAAAACACAGAAUAUGUAUUCUGCCUACUACUCAUAUGAAUAAUUUGUCAUAUUCAUUGAAGGUGUUGUAACUUUAAUCUUGAUUAAACACACUAGGCGAGUCCACAGUCGACUGCCGGGGAGGGGAGACGUUCCUCCUGAGUGGUGCAGAUGUAGUGGCUCUUGAGAACACCCCUCUGGCUGUAGUAGAAUGGUACAGUCCGAUAGUCAAGGCCAAAGUCUCCUGAGGCGACGCUCGGCUCCGGGACCCUUCACGACGGCGGGUUGACGGAGGAGUUGCAGCUAAAUAAAUCCAUUUAAAAUAAAUAUGUUAACCCUC